AUGACGGACAUUAUGCCAACUUCAAAUAUACACUUCUCGGUCAAGCUUUCCAUCUCUUACGCCUUCGACUGGGUGGUCCUUAUCAUCGCCUUGGUGGUCUCGGUGGUUGUGGGCAACCUCACGCCUAACAAGCGAGCCUUCUCCUUGGUUAACCCCUACAUCUCAUACCCGUUCAAAGGGGAUACGAUUUCUAUCGCUUCGGCCGCAAUCCUCUCUCUCAUCGUCCCGGCCGUUAUCAUCGCUGGCGUGGUCCUCGUGUUUGUGCCUGGAGGCACGGUACCUAAGAACACACCUCGAACUUUGAUAUGGAGGCGAAAGAUAUGGGAGCUUCACGUGGGCCUGUUGGGGCUUGCACUGUCUUUCGUUUCCACAUUUUUCUUCGUGCAAUGUAUGAAGAACCUGCUGGGCAAGCCUCGACCUAAUAUGCUGUCAAGAUGUGAGCCGGAUGUCGCCAACGCUAUGAAGUACCUUGUGGCAGGAUAUGCCAAUAGUCUAGCUGAUGGACGACUAUACUCAGCCGACAUUUGCCAACAGAGGGACUCGGCAAAGCUCAACGAGGGAUUCCGAGCCUUUCCUAGCGGGCACUCUUCGAUAAGUGCUGCAGGACUUGUUUACCUGACCUUAUUCCUCGCUAGCAAGUUGGCUGUUAAUAUCCCGUUCGUCCCGCCUAGCAUGAAAUGGAGGCACGAGGCAUUUCCGUCGCGAUCCGGGGAGUAUGAACCGUCAAGAUCUUCUUCUCCCAUGACGGAUAACGGACGCGACCCGCAAAUCCAGUCACAGCGCCGCCAGGCUGCCGGCGCCCCUCUGUAUCUCUUGGUCCUGGUUAUCGUACCUUUUGCUCUAGCCGUCUACAUUAACUGCUCGAGAUGGUUCGACUACGAGCACGACGGCUUCGACAUCAUUUUCGCUUUUCUGAUGGGCACUGUUGCAGCCUAUUACAGCUUCAGAUUCUAUCAUCUGCCCAUUGCAGGAGGAGCCGGCUGGGCCUGGAGGCCGAGAACUCACGACAGGGCAUUCUGGGCUGGCGUUGGUAAGCUAGGCUAUGUAGGGAAUACUGGUGAGAAUCACCAUGCCGCCGCAGCCGCCACAGAUAGGACGCAGUUCUCAAUAUUGGCCUCGAGAGGAAGAAUAACAGCUUCAUAAGACAGUCCCGCAAGGGAAGCUACCAAGGGAGCUAUUCGCAACAUUGGUCGACGAAAGGCGCCUUGAUUAUUGACGGUGAUAAUCAAUAGUGAGCUGCAUAUCCCCCUUUAUACUGUCCAGAUUCUAGACGAAGCUUCUUUAUCUUGUUGAUAGUUCAUGGUAUGAGGAAAACAAUGGAGCAUAGCGACACUACCUUGUUGUGGGGUGUGAGGGUAAUAUCAUUCCGUCUUU